AGAUGGGCGCGUUCCUGCAGCGGCUGCGGCGCCGCCUGCGCGUGGGCGUCGUGGGCGGCUCCGACCUGGCCAAGCUGCGCGAGCAGCUCGGAGACGACGUGAUUGAGAAAUUUGACUAUGUUUUCCCCGAAAACGGCCUUGUGGCGUACAAAGAUGGGAAGUUCCUGAGCAAGCAGAGCAUUCAGGGCCACUUGGGUGAGGACCUGCUUCAAGACGUCAUCAACUACUGCCUGAGCUACAUUGCAAAGAUUAAACUGCCAAAGAAGAGGGGCACUUUCAUUGAGUUCCGAAACGGGAUGUUAAAUGUGUCCCCCAUUGGAAGAAGCUGCAGCCAGGAGGAGCGCAUCGAGUUCUAUGAAUUCGACCAGAAGGAACAUAUAAGAGAGAAAUUUGUAGCUGAUUUACAAAGAGAAUUUGCAGGAAAAGGCCUCACGUUUUCUAUAGGAGGCCAGAUAAGCAUUGAUGUGUUUCCCGAAGGCUGGGAUAAGAGGUACUGCUUAGGAAUCGUUGCCAAAGAUGAAUACAAGACUAUUUAUUUCUUUGGAGAUAAGACUAUGCCAGGAGGAAACGACUAUGAAAUUUUCACAGACUCCAGAACAGAAGGCUACAGCGUCACAUCACCAGAAGAUACAAGAAGAAUCUGUGAGGAACUCUUUUUUAAAUGAAAGACUGUUUUAGAUCUCACACUUACAAAACAGUUAAGAGCCUAGUAACUUGAAACAUUUAUCUUUGUUCUGUGUUAUCUUUCAUAAUUGGUCAGAAAAGGUGGGUACUUUGUGCAUCAGUCAUUCCUAAAGGGAAGUGUUUUUGAGUAGAACCUUCCUGACUGUAGAGUAGAGCAGAGUUUGUUUGGGAUCACCCUUUCAGUUUCCAUUGGCRCAAAUACUCUGUUGUCUUUUGGGUGGGUUGGUUUUUGAGUCACCAGUCCAAGAGACUCUUGCCUCUCACCCGUUUCCCUGCGAAGUGUUACUUUGGGAACAGCAAUCCCCAUUUCUCAGAAAACUCCAUGUUUCUGGUCAGAUAACUCCCC